AUGAGUGAGGAGAAGUGGAAAGAGAUUGAAACUCAUCAAACCGUUGCAACUGAAGUUGACGAUAAAGGUACAAAAAGUGAACCAGUUGAGAAAUCCGAAGAAAAAAUGAGUAAAAGACAACAAAGAAAACUUGAGAAAAAGGAGUACAAAGAUAAAAUGUGGAAAGAGACCCGAUGUGAAGUGCGAAAAAAGCGGAAAGAACGAGCUAAAGAGGAGCGAAAAAAAAGGAAGGAAAACGGGGAAGAACUCCCUAAACGAACAAAAAUCGAUGAAAAUACCGUCUUUGGGGGAAACCUUAUCAUUGACUGUGACUUUGGCGACAAGAUGAACGAACGAGAAGAGAAGUCUUUCUUCAACCAAAUCCAGAUGCUCUAUGGACAAAAUCGGAAGUACACCAAGCCUCUCCGAAUACGGUGUUUAGGAGUCGACGGAAGAAUAAAGGAGAGCGUUACAAAGGUGAAUGGACAGAAUUGGAAGGGCGUCACUUUUGAGGAUGAAAAAAUUGAUACGGUGAAAGAUAUCGUCAAUUGUAUUUACCUCACCGCAGAAAGUAAAAAUGUCCUUGAAAGUAUCGACGAGGAUACUUAUUACGUUAUUGGAGGUAUUGUCGACCAUAAUAAGUUUAAAGGGCUGUGCAACGAGAAAGCCGAGAAACUUGGGAUUAAAACUGCACGACUACCAAUAAGCGAAAACGUUGUGUGUCUUGGAAGAAAGGUUCUUACAGUGAAUCAAGUUUUUGAAAUACUUGGAGAGUUCUGUCAAUGUAAAAAUUGGAAAACAGCGUUGGAGAAAGUCAUGCCACAAAGAAAACAAGAAACAAAAAAGCAAAGUGAGGAUAAGGAAAAUAAGGAUGACGAUUUGUCUAUUUAA